AGGGGGAUUGAGUCCCCGCGCUCCGCUGACGUCACGGAUUAAUGUCGGCCGACUUUGAUAAUUUGUGAUCGGCCUCCUUAUACACGGCGAGGGAGGUGGUCGGCGUGAGCGCUAACUCCUUAUUAUCUCUAAUAAGGUAAUCUCAUUCGAUGGCCGAACAGCCUGAGCGACUUAACAUAGACACUGUGCUGGCAAGGCUCCUCGAAGUUCGUGGCUCCCGGCCUGGCAAGAAUGUGCAGCUGUCGGAGAACGAGAUCCGUGGUCUGUGCCUCAAGUCCCGUGAAGUGUUCCUCAGCCAGCCUAUACUGUUGGAGCUGGAAGCACCACUCAAGAUUUGUGGUGACACUCACGGCCAGUACUACGACCUGUUAAGGCUGUUCGAGUAUGGGGGCUUCCCCCCGGAGAGCAACUACCUGUUCCUGGGGGACUAUGUGGAUCGUGGCAGGCACUCCCUGGAGACCAUCAGCCUGCUGCUGGCCUACAAGAUCAAGUACCCUGAGAACUUCUUCAUCCUGCGGGGCAACCAUGAGUGCGCCUCCAUCAACCGCAUCUAUGGCUUCUACGACGAGUGCAAGAGAAGGUACAACAUCAAGUUGUGGAAGACCUUCACAGACUGCUUCAACUGUUUACCUGUGGCUGCCAUAGUUGAUGAGAAAAUUUUCUGCAUGCAUGGGGGACUGAGCCCGGACCUGCAGUCGAUGGAGCAGGUGCGCCGGAUAAUGCGCCCGACGGACGUGCCGGACCAGGGCCUGCUGUGCGACCUGCUCUGGUCUGACCCGGACAAGGACAUCAUGGGCUGGGGCGAGAACGACCGUGGCGUCUCCUUCACUUUUGGGGCCGACGUGGUGGCCAAGUUCCUCCACAAGCAUGACCUUGACCUCAUCUGCAGGGCGCAUCAGGUGGUGGAGGAUGGCUACGAGUUCUUUGCCAAGCGGCAGCUGGUGACCCUCUUCUCUGCACCCAACUACUGCGGGGAGUUUGACAAUGCCGGUGCCAUGAUGAGUGUGGACGAGACGCUCAUGUGUUCCUUCCAGAUUCUCAAGCCGGCCGACAAGAAGAAAUUCCCCUAUGGGGGCAUCGCGGCGGGUGGGAAGCAACCAGCGACCCCGAAAGCAGCUCAGAAAUGAGAAGAGUGGAAGAGUCUAGGGCAUCCUACCUUCGCCGGCGAAGGCAGGGAACCAGCUCGGAGGACUUUUUCUUCACAACCCCAGGACGGAGGGGGAGAGAGUGGGCAGUGGCAUGGGUGAGAGGAGGAAGCGGAGCAGCAGCAGGGCCCCCAUGCUGCCAGGAUUAGGUCUGGGACUUGUCAGGACCAGGAACGAAACAAACGAGCGAAAAAUGUCCUUCCAUUUUGCGUUCUUUUUUUUCUUCUUGCCCCUUCGUUUUUUUUUUAACUGUUUCUUCCUUCUCUGCUCUUUCCUUUCCCUUUUUUUUUCUCAUACCUUUUUGUUUGUUUUUGAUGGCAACUGUUUUCAGUACGCGGAUGUACCUAGAGCUGGGAUCAUGGUGUUGGUGAGAGGGUGUUUUUGCGGCUUCCUCUCCCCACCCCCCUCCUCUUUUUUUUUCUCUCCACUUUGGCCAACUGCUUAACGACUGUUGCUCAUCGACAAUAAAGUGUGAUCAAGUGUGACAGCUAUAUGUGCAUGUAGGUUGCUGCAGAGAUUUAGGAAAUGAGCCUAGAAGAUUUUGCAUAGUCUAGUUGCCGGUGUGUCUCCUAGUUCUAGGUUUUAGCAACACAUUAGAAAUCGUAUGAAGCAGCAUGUGAAUCGCUUGCCUCAAUUUAUUUUUGUGGAGCAGGAGGAAAUUUGUACCAUGCAUAGGCCCAAAUGAAAAGGCUUCUUUUUCUGUGAAGCCCAGUAGGCGUCUUUCCCCGGCAAGUCUACACAGUGCCAUGUGGUCUUUCAGCAUGUUUAGUAUGUCUUUUUCUGGGUGCCUCUCUCAGGCGUAAAAAAGAAGCCAAAGGUCUGACUUUUCCAGUGGUGUUGUUUUCCAUUGCACAUAUACUCCCCAUAGUAUGUUGACUGGUUCCUUUCUUUUUUGAUUGGCUGACAUGCAAUCGCAGAAAGUGCAGCAAUGUUUAGCUGUGCGGUCUUCCUUUAGAAUUUGGGAGUAGCCGUAUUUACUCGAGUAAUAGGCACGCUGUUUGUAAACGAAGCAUGCGCAUGCACUUUCCCGCCGAGCACGCAGAUAGCCAGUCACCACCAUCGAUGGGAGGAACCAAGGAACCCAUGGGGCAGGUAGUGCUCUUAGACAUAAAUUCCACCUAUACAGAUAGCAUUUUCGUAGAGAACAAUUUUCUCGACCUGCUCUACAGGAGAGUAGAUUGCAGGCUUUGUUCACAAACAGCGUGUCUAUUUGGUGUUCUGACGGGCAUGGCGGCAUGCUUGGAUUGUGGACGCGAAGGUUGUGAAACUUGGAGUGCCGCUACGAAGGAAUAAUUAAAUCGGUUGUUGCUGUUUAGUCACCCUGUCCAGUCAAGUGGGACUGAAGGCUUUCUGUUCAGCACGACUUUUAGCACAGUGCUCCAUGCCGCAGUGGAUGCUUGGUCCUGUUCCUGACCAGAUGGCAGUAGUCCUCUCCCAAUAGGCCGAAGAAAGUUCACGUGCUCGGAGCUCAAAGCUGUCCAAUGUCUUCUCUGUGUACCUUCCUGGUUCUUCCUAUUUAUGGGUUACGUCCUCAAGCUGCUUUGGGAGCAAAGUCUAUGCAAGGUGGGCGUCUCCGGCCCUUGCCUGGUUGCCCUUGCCCCUCCGAGCAACGGGCAGGGUCUGUCGUCCGUAUAAUGCCCUGUACCGCAGCUGUACAGUGCAAUGUACGACCACAGCGUGCGACCCCCCCUCCCCGCUUUUCCACUUGGGCCCUUUUCUUUCUCGGUCCAUUUCUGUGUCUGUCCCAAUGACCCUGUACAUAGGUGACGUCAAACCUCCGAAUGCUGCAUCUCUUCAUUUCUUCCUCUCACUGCCAGGAAGCACACUGACUGUGAUGGUGGCCUGUCGGUCUCGUUUAUUUACUUUGUGCGGUCUCUGUGUUCGUCAUUUGGAACUAGACCACACGGGCACAAAUCAUUUUCACCGUCUUUAUGUUCUCCUUGGUGGUCUGGAUACACGUGUGAGAAUUCGAACAUUGUGUAGACUUUUUCCCUUGUUAUUUUCUUUUUUCUGGCAGUGCUAGGUAUCUUUCUAAGGGGGGUGGUAUACAUCGAGAUUGUGGUAUGCACAAGUGGACAUAGCCAUAUAUUUAUAUAUCUAUACAUAUAUAUAUGUACAGAGUAGCAUACAAUUCAUUUUGUACACUUCCCAUAAGUGAUGCUGUGGGGCCUUUGUAUGGAAGUAGUAGUGACCUUGCAAAUAAAACUUCUUGGAGUUGAUUUUGCUCUGUCAA